AUGCUGACGUCCGCUCAGCCUCAUGCCACGACCCUCGGAGGCACCCCGCGGAUAUCACUCUCCGCGGGCCUCUCGACGCGGCUUGACCAGCGUGUGAUUCAUGCGGCCGCCGCAGCGGCUACGGCUCCGGCUGCGUCAGCGAGCCUGCCCUUGAAGAAGAGAAUUCCACCGCGUUCAUGGGAUAGCCAUAUGCAUGUCGUGGAGCCUCACCGGUUUCCGGUGUCUCCGGCGGCAGUAUAUCAACCAGAGAUUCAUACGCUGGCUGAUGCUCUUGCCUUCGAGUCAUCCCUGGGCGUUGAGAAUCUCGUCUUCGUCCAGCCUUCGAUCUAUGGCACCGACAACUCCUGUCUAUUAGCAGCCCUGGCAAGGCUCGGUCCUUCUCGUGGCCGCGGAGUCGUGGUUGUUGACCCUGCCACUGUUCAACAGGAGACGCUCGAUGCGUGGCAUGCCCUAGGUGUUCGAGGUCUCCGAGUGAAUCUCCAGUCGGUGUGUAAGGUGAUGGACCAGGACGAGUUGGAACAGACCUUGCUUCGCCAUGCCGAGAUUGCCCGCCCUCGGAACUGGAUCAUUGAGAUCUACAUUCCUCUGAAGAUGGUGCCUAUGCUAGAAUCCGUGGUGCCUCGUCUCGGCGUCGCUCUCUGCAUCGACCAUUUCGGAAGCCCCACGCUGUUUUGCCAAUCUUCGACGACCAACAGCUCCUCCUUCGACCCCUAUACCCUCCCGGGCUUCAACUCGUUGAUCUCGCUCCUCCGUGCCGGUAGUACCUACAUCAAGGUAUCUGCCCCUUACCGACUGACGAAAGACCGACAAAUGCGUGAUCUGAAGGCCAUGGCACGCGAGUUCCUGGCUGCUGCACCAGACCGCGUCAUCUACGCAACGGAUUGGCCUCAUACUCGCUUUUCCGGUGUCGACAUCAGCCCGUUCACCGAGUGGUGCUUGGAUCUUUGCGCUCACGAACCAAAUUUGGCCGACAAAUUAUUUCGGAGGAAUACGGAGCGGAUGUUAGAUGUGAAAUCGGAAUGA